CCGGGUAGUCUCCACGGGAGGAUGCGGACCCGUCUUCUCCUGAAUGGCGCCCGCUGCCUUUGGGCUCGGCGGCCUCCCGGCCCAGCCCGCCGGCUCCGAAGCAGCGGCAGUCCGCUGCUGGAGGAGCUGUUCGCACGCGGCGGGCCCUUGCGGGCCUUCCUCGAGCGCCAGACCGGCCCCGCGGCGGAGUUGCAGGCCGGGAAGCCCGAGCUUGCAGCGGCGGCCCAAAGGCUGAGCGCGAAGGAGCUGGAGCUGCGGGAGACGGAGCCCUUGCUGCGAGAUGAAAAUGAAGAUAUAAGGAAACUUGCAGAGAAUGAAAUUACUUCCUGUCAAAAAGAAAUAACUCAUUUGAAACAUCAGAUUAUCUUCCUUUUGGUUCCCUCUGAAGAAACAGAUGAAAACGAUUUGAUCCUGGAGGUAACUGCUGGAGUCGGUGGCCAAGAGGCAAUGUUGUUUACCUCAGAGAUUUUUGAUAUGUAUCAGCAAUAUGCUACAUUUAAAAGAUGGCACUUUGAGACCCUGGACUAUUUUCCUAGUGAAAUAGGAGGUCUUAGACAUGCAUCUGCCAGUAUUGGGGGUUCAGAAGCCUAUAAGCUCAUGAAAUUUGAAGGAGGUGUACAUAGAGUACAGAGAGUGCCAAAGACAGAGAAACAAGGCCGCAUCCACACCAGCACCAUGACAGUAGCCAUACUUCCCCAGCCGACUGAGAUCAAUCUGGUGAUCAAUCCUAAAGAUUUGAGGAUUGAUACAAAGCGAGCCAGCGGAGCUGGGGGACAGCAUGUGAAUACUACAGACAGUGCGGUUCGAAUAGUCCAUCUCCCAACAGGUGUUGUUUCUGAGUGCCAACAAGAGAGAUCUCAACUGAAAAAUAAAGAGCUGGCUAUGAAAAAGUUACGUGCAAAACUCUACAGCAUGCAGCUAGAAGAAGAAACCAGUAAAAGAUACAAUGCAAGGAAAAUACAGGUUGGAACUAAAGGAAGGUCAGAAAAAAUAAGAACAUAUAAUUUUCCACAGAACCGAAUCACAGAUCACAGAAUAAACAAGUCCCUUUAUGAUCUUGAAACUUUCAUGCAAGGAGAAUAUUUACUGGAUGAACUUGUACAGUUGCUGAAGGAAUAUGCUAAUUAUGAGUCUUUAGUGGAAAUUAUUUCCAAAAAGUUGUAAGUGGAUGUAUUAAGGACAUUUAUAGCUCAUAGAAAUUCUCUUAUGGCAAAGAGUGCUAGACAUGAAUAAACAUGGUUGGAAAUAAUAUGCAUAUUUUAAUGUGUAAUUUAUAUAAAUAAAUAUUUAAAGAAAUAAA